AUGCAUCAAAGAGACGAUCUACUGACUAGCAGUGCAUCAUCAACAACAUCAUCCUCAAAUACAUCGAAUAGUAUGUCAACGGCAACUACAAGCACCACCACUGGCGGUGGCCAAAAGGUAAAGACUCCAUUAAAGAAAGAGGAGUUGGAGAAGAUUGCUCGCCAGUUGAAGAAGAAAUUAUCAAAGGCAAGUAUAACGGCUAAGCAAUCUUUAUCGCCUACAAAUAUGAAGACAAUGCCACCAAACGUUCCUAAAUCGUCACCUUUAAGAGGAUAUAUCAAUGCCAACUCACAAAAGAAUGGAGACUCUCACAACCAUGACUCAUUCUUAUCGUCAUCUCCAAACAUUUACUCGCCCAAUGGUAAAUCUCCAACGCAUAUUAAAACUGCUGCAGCAACGUUUUUAUCGUCGUCACCUUUGAAGAAUAUUGCAAGUGGCGAUAACGAUGAAUUGAAUGACUCACCCACAAAGAAGAGAAGGACAAGUUUUUCUCCAAGUAAAAUGGUGCUAGCUGAGCUUACCCCUCCUGGAAAUGGCGAACAGCAAAAGCAAAGCUUGAAACCAUCGUUGGAUAUGAGCACGACUCCGUCGAGACAAACUUCUAGAAGAGAUAGCAUAACAAAACUGAGGGAUACUGAAGCUGAAUUUGACGUGGCUAAAACACCAGCUCCAGACACGGAGGGAGCUGAUCUUCUCAUAUAUCUUGCCACCUCACCCAGCCCUGCCAAGACUUAUAAACCAAAAGUUUCCAUCAAUGCUCCUGUUUCUCAUACAAUCACAAAACAAGGCGGUGGCUCGCAAACUCAACCUCCACAGAGCUACCCACAACAGAGUGCAUCGACAUUCGCUGUGCCUCAGCCGCCAGUCACACCCAAGAGAGUAAACACUCAACAUCAUCAACACACCAGAACUCCCCAGAAUAGAUUGACUCCAUUCUUGAACAACUUAUCCUCCAAUCUACCAUCAUCUGGGUUGACUUUAACACCAAGUGGCUUCAAUAUGAAUGACUAUGUGAAUUUUUUCACGCCAUCGCCAGGUAAUGCCAUGAAUAAUAAGAAUCUAUUAAAAACGCCUGAUUUUAAUAACUUGUUAAAUGGGGGUGGAGCUGGUGCUGGUACCAACUCUGCCCUGGGACAAACACCAUUGGGCAAGAAACUCGAUGGGAAAAUGUUGAAUUUUAAUAAAGUUUUGUUUCAAGGACAUGGAUCGGAUUCUUCGGGAAAGGAUAUAUAG